UCGAUCAGAUCAGAGAUUUGUGGUUCCUGCACCAGUAGGGGGAGAUCUGGGUGCUGUGGGUUUACAGCAUCACAGCCAUAAAACUACCUAAUCCCCCUCAUACUUCGUCACAGGCGCAGUAUAGUCAGCAAGCCAUUGCAGAAACAGGGAGCAUUUGCGAUCAAGAGAGCAUAAGAAAUGUUUGGAAUAAACAUUAUAAUACUGCGAAUAGGGGGCAGAGAAGCUGUUAGCGAAGAUAAGCGUGCCAAGCGUUCCUCCACUAAAACGAUUUAUGGCCGAAUAAGGGUGUAAGGAGGCGGUGGUGAGUUGAUGACCGGUCAUAAAACGCUUGGGAGAGAGAUGAGGAGGGACAUUAACAGGAGAGAACAAACAACAGCAGCAGGGGAAAGGGAGGAGUAAAAGAGAGGGAGAGAGGGAAACAGCGAUAGAGCAAGAGGUUGAUAAAGAGUGAGACUGGGCCAUGAGCUCUGUGCCACCUUACAACUCGCUGCCGGCUCGGCAAAGUCCACGCCGUGAAAAGGAGUGGGAAAGAGAACUGCUUGGGACAAGAAGACUGUCCUCCCCAGUACAGCCGGCUUGUCCAACCCUACCUUCUGUCUCUCGACGGCCCUCUGCACUUCCUGGAUAUCUGCUGUCACCCUCGCAAGAGUACGCUGAUCAACAGCAACGUCUUUCAUUAUCGCUGUGCUCGGAGGCCUCGCUGGCGCCCGCUGUGCCUGCAGUGGGCGUUGCUCCACCGUGCUGCCGGGCGGUGGGAGUCAUGCCCUUGCUGCGCCUUGCGCUUCUGAUUUUCAGCUUCCUCUUUUGGGCAGCAGGACUUGCGAUCUUCACCCUGGGGAUAUGGGCACAAGCGUCACUGUCCGACUACAUGCUGCUGUCAGCCAACCGUUACCCCAAUGCCCCCACCGUCUUGUUAGGCACAGGGGCUGCGGUGACUGCAUGGGGCUUUUUAGGGUGUUUAGGAGUGGCGGCCAACCUGCCUUACCUUUUGCGGGCAUAUGGCUUCUUCCAGCUGGCUAUGCUCAUAGGUGGACUAGCUGCUGGUCUUUCAGGGCUCUUCUACAGGGAGGAUAUUGCCGAAGGGUUUCGUAGUGGGCUGCAGAAAGCUGUAUUGGAAUACGGAGAAGAUGAGGGUCGCGCAGAUGCGCUGGAUAGCCUCCAAAGGUCACUAAAAUGCUGUGGGGCUGAGGGUUGGCGUGAUUGGCUCGUGUCUGAAUGGGCCACCCAAGAUGGUAUUUACUCAUCAGGACGUUCAGAAAAUGACUCUGUGGCCGUUUCACUACCAGACAGUUGCUGUGUACGGCGCAGAGGCUGCCGAAACAGACCUUUGCCAGAGAACGGAUUUGGGAACGUUGAUCCGGCAGGGAUUCAUGUCCACGGUUGUUUUCGCAAAGUCUUCAGCUUGGUAAAUGACAAUGUCUUUCAUAUAGCCGCAACAGUUUUGGGCCUUGCCUUCACUCAGGUGGCAGGUAUCGCCCUUGCAUGCCUGCUUGCCAAUCGUCUUACGCCCAGACUGCGAAGACAAGUACACUGAUAUGAAAAAACGCAGUAAAUCAAUCGAUUUACCAGAAUGUUCUUCUCUACCUGUGCUUUCAUAUUAGAUGUUUAUGUUUGUAUUGGACCAAGAAGCUUUGAACUGUAUAUGAUAUUCUGGUUACUCAAUCCUUCAAGACAGCAUGGACAAAACUGCACAACAUGGGAACCCUAACAGCAUUUUGGCUCUGCAUCAUAUACUGUAGCAACAUUUUCUUUAUUAGACACAUUCUGUAAAGUUAAUGAAGUCAAAAACUGGAUUUGUGCUAUAGAUAGAUUUGUGGCAGUAGAUUUAAUUGAUUAUUGAAAUAGAUAGUUUAAACAUGAAUCUGUUAUCUAUAUAUUUAACUUGGAUUGUUGCAUGUGUUUGUCCAGUACAUUAAUGCAAGUAAAAAACAUAUAUGUGUAUAUGUUUACACAUCAAGGCAUACCUUGGGUUGAGUCUGUAAUGCGACGAUCAGCGGGUAGCAUCCUUCGUGUUUGUGAAAAUGUUUUUUAAUUACUAUGAAACAUCUUAGUAAGCUUUCUAUAAAUUGUGUUACUAUCAUAAGAAACUUGACCAGCAGUGACUGUAGUUAUAAUAUUUGAUUAUAUCCGAACUUAUUUGCUCUUGAAUAGUUCAUUUCCAGGUAAAAUGUACAUUGAUUAUACAAAUACUGACAAUAAAAAAGCCAAAUUGUUGAGUUUGCAUCAGGAUGCAUACAGCUAUUAAAUCUACUAAAUCUAAUCUAUUAAAAAUUAGAUUUAAAUGCUUAAAAAAUGCACUUAAAAAAAAACAUGCACGACUCUGACCAAAUACUUAAACAAAGCUGAGCAUAAAGUAGAUUGACCUUAUAUGCACUUGAUUUAUCUUUUGCUGUUUCUAGAAGUAACAGACCACAACUUAAUCUGUAUCUUCAAUUAAAUUAGUUUUUGAAUGGUUAUAUUUCUUUGUUAUUGUCUCAGCUCCGAUUAUAAGCGUAGGAUAAUUUUUGGGAUGUCGGGCGGUCAAUGUCAUCUGUGUCUUCACUGACCUGAAAAUGUGGAUUAAUAGUCAGCCUACAUAGAGGGAUGAUUACCUUCGGAUGAGACUUUAAAAUUUAUUGGGAACGAUUGGGUAGGUAAUACGGUUUAGAGUAUAUUCAUUCAUUAAUCAUUAUACUGUAUGACAAAAUAGGCUGUGUACAUGCAUCAUCAUUGCUAGCUG